AUGGAGGGCGUUGCAGCUGACUCGCUUGAUCCGCCAAUCAUUGAGAUCUCGGCUGCACAGACCCAACGGCACCAGGAUGGCACGAAGACCAUUCACGGCUUCUUCGUGACCAAGACUGUCCUGGGCGAAGGGUCUUUUGCGAAAGUGAAGCUUUGUGUGCACAAGCUCACUGGCGCGGAGUUUGCAAUCAAGGUCUUUCGGAAGUUGCCCCUGCGUCGAAAGCGAGAGUUCAUUCGCUCUGACACGGGAGAGGGCAUGAAGGUCCGCACCACCUUGGACAAGGUCUAUGACGAGAUUUCGUUGAUGAAAAUCGUCUCGCAUUCGAAGUGCGUUCGGAUGCAUGCCGUUCUCGACGAAGCUGCUCCUGACGGCAAGCUGUAUGUGGUGCUCGAGUACCUGCCCGGUGGUCCAUCCAUGGAGUGGGAUCCGUCGGAACGCUGCUUCCGCACCCGGGCGGGCGGACCGAUCACCGAGCAGAUGGCUCAGAGAUACACCAUCGACACCCUGCAGGCGUUGGACUAUUUGCACGGCCAGCGGAUCGCGCACCGGGACGUGAAGCCGCAGAACCUCCUCCUCGAGGCUCACGGCAGCGGACUGAAGCUCGGGGACUUCGGGGUCGCCGCGAGGAUGCCGGAUGACUGUGUCGUUCAAGGAACUGAAGGAACAUAUCAGUUCUUCUCGCCCGAGAUGUGCGCCAUUGGCUACAAGGGUCAUGAUGGACGCCGUGCAGACAUCUGGGCAGCCGGCAUCUCGCUGUGGGCCUUCCUGUUCCAUACGUUGCCCUUUCUGAACGAGGUGCGCAGGGAUUCCGUGUUUGAGCCUUGCCCUUGA